UUCUGCAAACCGUUCGAAACCGUGUCGAGUUCGGAACUCACGUACAUGUAUAUCGUACUCUUUUUAUAAACGCGCGUGCGCCCCUGGUGAAAAGAACCUUUACUGUUCACGGUGAUUGCGUGCCUCUGUUUCUUCGCGGUGUAUUCGUGGUGUUUUGUGUGUGAAUAACGUGGCUGACUCUGUGUGUGUUCGUGUCUCCGUCGCUUCGGCGGAUUAUUAAAGCUACGCUACUUACUACGGCGUUCGCUCGCUCGCUCGCUCGCUUCACUCGCGGGACUCCGCGCAUGUGUAUAUGUGUGCGACAGUACGUCGCAGGCGAGAAUACAGUGUUGCCGGACCAUCGACACCUCUUCGCGAGUCGUGUUUUGAGCAGUUUUCGCAGCGAGGUGCAAUCUCGGGCGCAUAUUCGAACCGGAAUCCUUGGACAAGGUUUCGAGGCGCGUUCGAUUGUUAAAACGUCCUUACGCUCUGACAUUUGAACGUAUUCGUCGGAGGACGUGGCAACCUCGCUUCACUUUCCGGGGGCUUGGGGUGGCGAGGAGGCAGGCAGGCAAGCAGGCGGCAGGCAGGCAGGCAGGCAGGCAGGCAGCUUUCUUGUUUCGAGGAUCGGCGGCGCUGCUCUUGCCCUCUUUUUCUCUCUCUCUCUCUCUCUCCCUCCCUCCCUCUCUUUCCCCGCGUACCGUUGAGAGCUUCUCCCCCGUUUCCCCCACUCCAGGGUAGAGAACUCGGUCGGGCGAGUCUAUUCGAGAUCCGAGGGGAGGUCGGUAGACCUUGUCGGUAGUCUUCUGUCGUUCGGAGAAUGUACUAGACGCCGAACGGCGAACGCGGUACGAACCGGAGUUUCUCACUCACUUCACCAAAUACUCAUCCUCGAUAGUCUAACUGCGGGGUCGUCUAGCCAGCCUGAACCGUCGAUAAAGAAGAAAAACUCGUGAAGAAACUCUCGCGUAUAUCGCGUUAUUUAUCACGAUUUAUUCGCCGAAUCGGAGCCACAUCGAACACCAGUGUAUCCGCCGGCCAUGUUUGGUGUUUACGCGAGGGGGAAUCGCCGCUACGGCUGACGUCACACUAACCGAACUCUACCGAAGAGCCGAACGAGAAAACGUGCCGGUCUACCCUGCCCAUAGACCGGCUACCAACGUCCCGCCGAAGAUAAUAUACCUUAUACCUCGCAGUGGGGCUGUUCCUCUUUUCUCCUCUCCUAUCCUUCGAUCUUCUCUUUUCUUCACUUCUCAUCGUCGCAGCUAGUUUCACAUCGUCGUGAAAGUUUAAACCCCGGGUAAAACAUACCACGCUUGAAACGAACUCUGUCACGAGUACCGCAGGUAUAUCACAAGAUAGAGUACGGGGCGCGAAGGCCGACGAUACUGUUGUAGACGUACCACGCAACGUCCACCGAUGGACGUGAUCCUACUACCCGUUCGUCGACGAUUUACUAUCACAUACUACCCUUACCAAAAACGUUGACAAUGCUCAUCAGGAGCUGAACCUUUUUACUGUGUGUGGCCCGCGCGUCUGCGUGUGCUACGCGCUCGCGGCCGUGAGACCGCGGUGUGCUUGUGAUAUUGUGUACCAGUGCUUCUGGUGCUCGUGUGUCGUCUGUUGUCUUGCCUGAUCACACACGUGCGCGAGAUAUUGUUGUCACGUCCGAUUGUCGUUGACAAUGAGGAAAUAUUAACUACAGUGCGUCGUAUUGUUGUGCGUGGCAGCGAGGAGGCUUUAAAUUUAAGAGGAAUAAAUAGUGCACCGGUCUUUGUCACCCAUCCACUCUAACAACAACGACAAGAAUAAAAUAACAGCGAUCGAAAGAAGGAUACCAACCGGAUACCUGUUCGGCACCCGCAUUUGGAUAUAUAAAGAAAAGUGUCCGUGUGUUUUGUGCCUCCGUUAUAUCAACACGCCGUGAUUGUGAGAUAUUUCCUCACCCCCCCGACCUGCGUUAAGGAUUAUCUCUGUUAAACAUGGAUUUAGGAGAUCGAGUCUACGCCGCCGAAAGGAUUAUGAAGAAAAAGGUGAAGCGGGGAAAGGUUGAAUACCUCGUCAAAUGGAAGGGAUGGAGUCAGAGGCACAACACUUGGGAACCAGAAGAAAAUAUUUUGGAUGUCAGGCUGAUCGAGCUCUUUGAAGAGAGUGAACGAGGCAAUGCGGUAAUAAGAAGGCCAAGGAGGAAGGAUGCCAGAUACAAUGAGCAGGUUCUCGCAAAUCUUGACGUAAGAGAGGAACCAGGUGGUGACGAAAGAGUGGGCGAAGACAGCCAGGAUGAGUCAACGACAGGCAGCACGUCGGCACCCCUCUUGAAUCCAAUAACGCACGACGAAGACACUCUCCAGAGUUCGCUGGACGGUCACGAAUCUCCUGUACCUCCCGAUUUGUCGGCGCCAAGUGUCGAUUCGGAAAGUUCCAACAGCAGCGGUGACGAACCUCUCUUGUCGAGGAAGGAACCGGCAGGAACUAAAAGAAAAGCUGAAGUCCUCAGUAAAGAGUCGGGUAAAAUUGGCGUCACUAUAACCACCAGCAGUCCAAGCAGCGGAAGUGGUAGUCCACCUCCUAAUAAAAUUCCCAGGCUACUACCCAUAAAGACGAAUCCAACGUCGCCAACCUAUCAUACUCACAAAGUCAACGGUAGAAGGCCAUCCUCUUCUAGCGUCAAAUCAACCCCAGAAGAACCUCUGCCAGCGGUACCCACAACUCUGGCUCCUGCGACUCAAGACAAAAAGAGGCAAGAAGCAGACGUACCUCAUGGACCACUGCCGUCCCUUCCUAGAGCACCAUCAGCACCUUUAUCGCCUCAAUUUGAUACUCCGUUGGAUCAAUCGACGAAAAAGAAGGGUCUUGUAACAGACCAGCAACAGCAGCACAGGUCUGGCGAUAAGAUUGACAAAGCGAAUGGUUCCACAGUAACGUUAGAUGCGACAAAUGGUCACAAAUCUCCAACACCAAUGGAUUCGUAUACUAAUAAUAACAGGUUACCCACAGUUGUAAAUGGGCAUCAUAGUCAUAAUAAUAAUAGCAACACCAAUAAUAGCAAUGCUUCAAGCGUUAAGCAACAUACGGAUAUAUCUAAACCUGAAAUUUGCGUACCUCUUACAAGUCCAGGAACAGAUUAUUGGCAUGCUAGAAAUCCUGUCGCUGAUCAGGUAUUUAUUACGGAUGUAACUGUUAACUUGAAAACUGUCACAAUCCGGGAGUGUAAGACUGAAAAAGGAUUUUUUAGAGAACGGGAUCCGAAGAGUGACAUAUUUUAACGCGAUUUGAUGUGCGUAGAAUUGUAUGUUCUUUUUUCGUUCUUUCUUUGUUAAAUUCUUUAUUCAAAUACAGAAGAAAUGAGGGCGAAAUUUUGAUAAAUCACAACACCAUGAAACAUUUCCUUUUUCACUACCGUAUUGUUGCAUACCUUGGAAUUUUCCGCUCUCACUUGAAACCAUUACUGUCACAUGGUUAAAUUGGCUAUUGUUUUUUUUUUUUUUUUGUCGCUGAAAAGAAAAACUACGGCUAGUUUACAAUUUGUUUCUAAUUUUUCUCUGCAAUUGAUACUUGUUCAAAACGACAGGCGCAAUUGUGAUAUACACCCACUGAUCAAUGAAAUCACUUACAAAUAGACUGCGUCUUGGAAAAUGUUAAGAGUGCAAAGACUGAGAACUGGUUUUGAAAUAGAAACCAAAUCUAUCAAUCUCAACACAGAGAGGUUUGAACGGAUCUAAGAGUAGAGACGAUUCGAUUUCUAUAAAUAUUUAAUACUAUUUGAUAUAAUAUUAUUCCAUUCAUAUCUUGAUUGGCUUAAUUUUUAAUCGAUUUUAGAUAGUUCCUAUGAUUUUGUAUCUAUUUGAUUAAUCAAGUGUCUCUAGGGUUGCCAAGCUAUAAAUUUAGCAUAGAAAACUAUGAUCACUACAGAAUGGCAUGAACAUUAUAGUUUUCAUUACAAACUUGAAUUAUUUAUUGAGUAGUGUUAGAAUCAAUAAUUUCGUUUCGUCUCUUCUCUGACUUGAAAAUGAGAACGAAUUGAUAUUUGGUUUUCAUAACAAGCGAAUCUGAAGAAGGGAAUAUUAAAAGAAAUACUAAAUUACACUUGCUCUACUUAAUUAUCAGCUGCAUAUUUCUCGUUGUCAAAUAACAUUGCCAGGAGCAUAAUUUUUCCGAGAAUCAAUGCAUCACUCAUUACUAUAAGAAACGGCUGAAGAGCGUAGAUUAAAGACUUCUACGCAUUUUUCUAUAAAUUCUCAAUUUCAAGCUAAAACUAUUUUGUGUAAUGAAAACGGAACUCCCAAUACGCGAGAUUGACAUAAUUUAAUGAUAAAUUUGUGAAAUACUGUUGUAUAUUGUAUGAUGCUUGAUAAGAGACUUGUCAAGGAUCUUAAUAUUUGGACAAAUAUUUGUCGUACCAAACUAUUUAAUCUUGCAUUUGUUUUGUGGAAUUAUUAUUUAGAGAUAAAAUUACGCGAAAAUUUCGAAUUUCGUUUUCGAUUUGUUUGACCUUUUAACAGGUAACCGUAACUCCAAAAAAGUAUUAGGUAAACUGACCUAUUUUUGAAUUCAUACUGUAAUUCAUAACUAGAUUUCUUCAUUGAUUUUUUUUUUAUCCCUUAUCCUUUGAUCUGAUAUGUUUGAACUGACUGUAGUCUCCAGAAAAUCAAAGUAAAGGGUAACAUACAAUUACAUUGAAUUGUUUGAUUGAACUGUAUGUGAAAGCAUCUGGAGGAUCGCCGUACGAAUUCAACCUGAUACCCAUCUCGAGGUUUAUUUGCUAGAAAUCAAAAUUUGAAUUCAAUAAUAGAUUGUGAAGGCGUAGCCUAUUGCUUCAAUUUUCACAAAACAAAUUGCAAUACACAAAUUUACAGUUGAUUCAAUUUAUCUGCAGUUUUAACCCUCCGCCGGCCAAUAUGGACUGUAUCGUCCAUCCUGAUAUUUUCACUACUGAAAUAUCAACCGAGCACGUGAAACUGAUUAUCUCAUUUCUUUGGAAAUUUUUGAAAAGCCCUAAGGGGUUGGGGGGGGGGGGGAGUUUACGAAGAAAUCGUCCAUGUUGACCAGCAACGUUAGUAAAAAAGACAUGGCCGGGGGAGGGUUAAUAAAGAAGACUGGGAGGCGUUAGUAACGUCACUGUUUUGUUGAUUUCGUGAAUCGACGGAAAAUUCCUACGAAUAUUGCACGGCCAAGUAAGGCAGUGGCAGAAGUUUACUAUAGCUAUAUCAAGUUGAUCAUAGAACGUAAAUAUUUCUACGAAAUGACCAAAUUGUUACGUACAUAUUAUUAGAGGAAUAUAAAAGCUUGAAAGUCUACUCCAUCAUUUUAUCAUGACUCUGCUUAACGUGUCGGAUAUUUUUGGCGCAUUUGAUCCGCACUAGUUUCGUCAGAACCUAUAUAUAUAUACGUAUAUAUAUAAAUUUUCGACAUUAUAUAUGCAUAUACAUGUGGAAGCUGAUUAUAUCUGCUACUUAUUUAUUAUACUAUACUAUGUUUAUUAUGAACGAUUUCUUUUUUUGUGUUUCUGGCACUCGCAGUACCAUAUUUUGUUAGUAAGUUGUGUAUGUAAGACGGCGAAACUUUUACAGUGAAAUUGAGACUUCCCCAAAAGUGAUUUAAGAAGAUGAUUGGCAUUUAAUGUUCAUAUUUGAUUGCACAAUUUGAGAAUCUUAAUCGCUUUCUGUAAUUCUCUCAGAAAUGAGUAUACGUGAAUAUCAAUGGGAAGUCUCGUUUGUAAGUUUGCCUUCGAUCCCGCAUUUUUGGAGGAGUGCAGAAGAUACCUUGAAUAAUCUCCUGAAUUCUGACCUGGAAAGAAGAGUUAGAACAAAUUCGUAAAUGUAUUUAAAUGUAUAUUUAGAAAAUGCUCUGUAAAAAUUGUAAAUAGAAAGGAUGACAAGAAAAAAGGAGCGAUGAGAAAAAGAAAUCUCAUCGCAAUUUGUAAUGUAUGUAAGUUUGCGGUGACAAAAGGUGAAAAAAAAAAACAACUUAGAAAUAGUAUUUUCAGUUAUUGGUUGUUUUAAAUGGACGAUGAAACAGACAAAUACGAUGCAUACGAUGAUUUUGGAAGUGGAAAAAGAAAAGAAAAACGAAGAAAAGAUGAAAAAAAAUGAUACAUCAAAAAUAUCCUUGUAAUUUGUAAAUUUAAGGAGCGGUGACAAGAGGUGAACCCAUACUAGAUUUAGAAUUUUGAAAUAGACUAUGCCCGUACCUUCAUAUUUGUUUCUGUACUUAUAGACACAUCCCGUGCAACACCUACAAAAGAAACAUAGAGUAAACAAGAAAACCCAAACUUCUUAUCAGAAAACGACAAGAUGAUCGCAGAAGAGUUGAGAAAAUACAAAACAAAUAUGUGAACCCCGAUAGUACCAAAUCCAACAGUAAUUUUAGUUCUGUCUGGUACAGAUUCCUUAUAUUUCAAUAAAAUCUUUACUUGAUAUUA